AUGGGAUACCAGCUUAUAUACCACGGUACAACAAACAAACGAAAUGGAGUUGGCAUUGUCCUAGACAAGCAGCUGAAACAACGCAUUAUAUCUGUGGAGAGACAUAGUGAUAGAAUUAUGACCAUCAAACUUGCACUGGACAGGCAACCUUGCUUAAAUAUCAUUUCAACGUAUGCUCCUCAGACAGGAUGCACAAGUGAAGAAAAAGGGUGCUACUGGCAGGAACUACAAGAUAUUCUCCAGGGUAUACCUAUUUCAGAAAACAAAAUCAUGGCAGGCGAUUUGAAUGGCCAUGUAGGUAGGCAGGCCCCAGAAGGAUGUGUGGUACAUGGUAACUAUGGGUAUGGUACAGCAAACAUGCAGGGGCAGGAUAUUCUGGAGAUUGCCGAAAUUUUUGACAUGCCAAUAGUUAACACAUGCUUCAAGAAGAAAGAUGAACACCUUAUCACCUACAAGAGUGGUGCAAAUGCAUCUCAAAUCGACUACAUCCUGUGUGAUAGCCCAAUGCGAAAAUACUUUAAAGACUGUAAGAUUAUCCCAGGUGAACCUCUCACUACACAACACCGACUGUUGGUGGCAUGUUUAAAGUUACCGCAGUGGAAAAACUGUUUCAGGAAGAAAGUUGAGCCAAGGAUAAAAUGGUUUAAUCUUCAAAAGCCUCAAGGAAGAGCUCUGGCAUCAAAAGUUGCAGGGCUUUUGGAAACGUGUAACACAGCAGGAAAAGAUGUAAACAUUGUAUGGAAAGAUUUCCAAAAGCACAGAACAGAUACAGCCAAAGAAGUACUAGGUAUUAGCAAGGGUAUUCUGAAAUAUGGGAAAGACCCCAACUGGUGGAUUGAAGAUGUAAAACCAUUUCUGCGAGAAAAGAAGUUGAGUUUCAAAACCUGGCAAACAUCAAAAGAAGAGUCACAUCGCCAAAAAUAUGUUGCUGCUAAGAAGCUGACUAAAAGGAUUGUUGCAUGCUUGCGGGCAGCAGCUAGAGAGGAUAUGUACAAUAGAUUGGAAAAAGCAGGUACAGACCAGGAAAUUUUCAGAAUUGCAAAACUCAGAAAUAAACAGAAUAAGGAUAUAAAACAGAAUAAGUAUGUGAGAAACUCCACAGGAACACUGUUAACUUCAGAUAACGAUAUCAAUGAAAGAUGGCUUGAGUAUUACAACCACCUAUUAAAUGAAGAGUUCCCACGAGAGCCACUACCUAGCCUACCUUUGGUGCAGGGCCCUAUAAGAGCAGUUGCACUGGAUGAAGUGAAAGCUGCCCUUCGCAAAAUGAAAAAUAGCAAAGCAACAGGACCUGAUGAAGUACCUGCAGAACUCUUCAAAAUAUGCAGCGAGUCAAGUACAGUGUGGCUAACAAACCUCUUCAACCUCAUACUUACAAAGGGUAAAAUGCCUGAUGGAUGGAGGCAGAGCAACUUAGUGCCUUUUUACAAGAACAAGGGUGAUGUGGCAGACUGUGGCAAUUACCGUGCAAUUAAGCUAACAUCACAUGCACUUAAGAUCUGGGAAAGUGUGCUUGUGGAAAGACUCAAAGAAUUAACCACAGUUACACUCAAUGUGUAG